AUUAUUCGAAAUAGAAGCAUCUCUCCUUAGAGCCUGAUGUUCUGAUGCAACUCUAUUCUGCAUGUGAUAGUAAAUACAGGCACACACUGACUGCAUUGCCACAAGUUACCGUUCGUGUUGCUCAUAGGCAGGUUUUUAACCCAGUGACAUCCAGUGAAAUUAUUAUAAAGGAGCUCUUUUCAUCUAAGAAAAUGAGCAACAAAAGCGUAGGCGCAUUUUUUUCCUCCACAACAAAUUCUCAGUGGAGUGGUCCAGGCAAAUCUUUUGACGAAGAUGAUGAUGAAAUUGAGGAAGAAAUUAUAGAUGACAUUGAAGAGAACUGUGAGAAUAAUUUGGAAGAGGACAAAUCCGAUCAUCUCUACAAAUUUGAAAAAGAGAAGUCAGAAUUUGAAAACGAAGCAGAAAAAAGCAAAGAGUCUGAGAAAUCUGGUGAUUUUUGGGACGCCCCCAAGAAACAGGGCGGAGACUCGUCUGCUCACGACCACUUUGAAGAGGAAUUCAAAGAGGAAUCUGAGGGAGCUGCUGGUUGUCAGGAAGACCCUGUUUCAGUGGACAAGUCUGAAAUGGGAUAUGAAUAUGACUGUGAAGAGCACGAUGGUCCUGAAAAGUCUGAGACAAGUGCUGGUCUUCUCAAACAGCUGGAAGAAGACAAGCUUGCUCUCCAAAAGGAGUUAGAAAUAGAAAAAGAGGCUAAAUCUCAACAGGAGGAAGCUUUUAAAAAGCUGCAAGAGGAAAAUUAUCGUCUUGAAAACGCUGUGAAAAAAGAGCGUGAUGAACUGAAGCGCAUGAAGACAAAAGUGGCUGAUCUAAAGAAGUCACAGAAAGAACACCGGAGCAGCACUGAGGACCUUAAAACCAGAAUUAGUCAAAUGAUGGCCAACACUGAUGAGGACAAGAAGACGAUCAAGAAACUCCACAAAGAUCCUAUGAUGUCCUCACUUAAACAUGAAAAUGAAGAUGCAGAGGCCGCUGAUAUUAAGGCACUAGAGGAUCGUCUCAUUGAGCAGCAGAAACAAAACCUGGGAAAAGACGAUGAAAUACAGUCGCUGCGCCUCAAAGUCCAAAACCUUCAGGAUGAUAUCGAGGCCAAGGACACCAUGAUUUUAAGGCUGCAGGAAAACGUUAACAAGUGGGCAUCAGACGACCAGAAAGAACAAGAGAAGAACUCUGAACUUCAGAGGAGCUACGACUCGAUUGUCUCCCAGGAGCACGGUAAAACACAAAAGCUGAAUCGACUGACCUCGGAAAAUCAGGACCCUGAAAACCAGACCCUGCGAGACGAAGCUGAGUUUCUCAAAAAUGAGAGGCAGCUUAUGCAAAAAGAUCUCGAUGAAGAGAAAGGGGCUCGCAGAGAACUUGAGAAGACUGUUAAGGAGGAGAAAUCUCGGUUUUCUCAAGUAUAUAAAAAGUUACAGAUGAAAGAGAAAGAGCUGUCAGAGAAGACGUUAGCUCCACCUGGGCAGAGAAGAACUUCUAAAUCUGCAGAGCAUCUUCUCUAUGACAUGGAGACACUAAAGAUGGAGAACGCGAAUCUUACAGCUAAAUUAGAGGCUAUGGAAAAUCAGUAUAGUGGAGCAAAGUUUAAACACGAAGCUCUCCCUGAGCAGCACCGAGACAAGCUCCUGCAAAAUGCAGAUGAGCUCGAAGCACGGCAGUCUGAGAGAGAUACUGUGCAGAAAGAACUCGAAAUCACUCUAAAAGAAAAGAAGAAUCAAACCUCUCAAUUACAGCAGAGAGUUGGUGCUCUUGAAAAGGAGCUCAAGAUAAGCGAGAAGCAGCGUUCUAAGUUCGAGGACGUUUUGGCCAAGUACAUAGAAACCCUGGAAGAAAAGCAAGAAUUGUCUGUGACCUUCCAGAAAAGUCAAGACAGCACCAGGGUCCAGGAACAAAAAAUUAGUGACAAUGAGCACAAAAUCGCUCUGGAUCAGUGCACAAAGGCUUUAUACAACCUACAGAAGGAAUACGUCGAUCUAGCCAAGAAACACAGUGGCAUUAAUGACGAUUGCAGGGAGCUGCUUAAAACCCACACUGCUCUCCAAAUCAAAUAUGACAGGCUGACCUACACAAAAGAAAACCAGAAUUAAGAAUUAAAAAUCAAUUCAAAACACUAAUAAAAA